CUCUGUCUUGUACUUGAAGUUUUCUCUGCGCUCCUGAUGGCCGGUACAUGACACACUGCUCAGGGAUUACACACACCACACACACACACUCUCUCUCUCUCACACACACACACACACACACUCACACACACUCCCCCAGCGCGCAUUAAUCCGCUUUUUAUCCUCAUCUCUUUAUUCUUCUCUUCUCCGUUACUUUGGAUACUUUUUUUUCUUCUGGUGUCCAGCUCGGGGAUUUCUGUGUCUCUGAAGAGCAGCAGCUCGUGCAGCGGACAUGGCCGGGAUCCGGUGGAACUUUACACCGCUUUUAGUAUCCUUAUUAUUAUUAUCAUCAUUAUUAGCUUUAUUAUCGUUGUCGCCGUCGUGCGCGCUCCAGAUGGACCGGGUGCGCGUGAGCUCCGUGUCCACGUACGGUGUGGAGCUAGUGGGCGUCGGUGGUCCGGUUCGGACCCGCCGGACGGGCACGAGCACGAGCGGACUGUCCCAUCACAUGAAGCUCUCCGGGGUGAAUGUCUGUGGAGGGCAGUGCUGUAUCGGAUGGAGCCAAGCACCUGGAUCUCAGCGCUGCACAAAACCCAACUGUCUUCCAAAAUGCCAAAAUGGCGGCAUGUGCCUUAGGCCGCAGAUGUGUGUGUGUAAACCUGGAUCAAAAGGGAAACUAUGCGAGCAGGCCACACUGCCCACUUCCUCUCAUCCAUCCGGCCCGGUGAACGGACGCACGAACGGACACGGUACCGGACACGCCCUUGUCCCGCAGCGUCCGAUUCCUCAGCAGGUUUUCCCACAAGGUCCUGCUUCGUAUCCUCUACCCAACUCCAACAUGGCACACAUGACCCUGACCAUGAAGGCGGCACCAAACAGCAAACAGCCACUCCCCUUUCAGCAACAUGUACAGCAUCCUGUCUCCAUAAACAUGCAGCAGGGUAAAAGUCAGAAGUUUGUGAUCAAGCCGAAGUUUUAUCCCUCACACAACACACACACUCAGCUUCAUGGAGCAGGAUACACACCUGAGCGCAGCAUCCCUCUGAGUGCCGGACAUCACUCACUACACGUGGCCAACCACACGGGUCGGAUCAAACUGGUCUUCACCCCGACCAUCUGCAAGCUGACGUGUAGCGGCGGUCGCUGCCACAACACCUGCGAGAAAGGAAACACCACCACCAUCAUCAGUGAGAACGGGCGCGCCACCGACACGCUCACCGCCCCCAACUUCAGAGUCGUGGUGUGUCACCUGCCCUGUAUGAAUGGAGGGAAGUGUAAUGCGAGGGAUAAGUGCCAGUGUCCACCCAACUACACCGGAAAGUUCUGCCAGAUGCCCACGCAGAACGGCGCAAGCACCAACAUCCACACCACACACACACUGCCACUGAGCUACAGCCACAGCCAAGGUGUGGUGAAUAUUCAUGUUAAUCAUCCCCCUGAAGCAUCAGUUCAGAUCCAUCAGGUGUCUCAGGUGGACAGCAGCAGCAGCAGCACUGUACAGAAGUUUCAGCAGCACAGUACCUACUCCAACCAGCAGAGCUUCCUGCACUACCAACCCGUCACCUCCAAGAGCCAGCUGGGACGCUGCUUCCAGGAAACCACCGGCACGCAGUGUGGGAAAGCCCUCCCAGGUCUCUCUAAGCAGGAGGACUGCUGUGGGACUAUCGGCACUUCCUGGGGAUUCCACAAAUGCCAGAAAUGUCCAAGGAAACAGUCGAUUCCUCUGCUGGAGUGUCCACAUGGGUACAAGAGGUUUAACAGCACACGCUGCAUCGAUGUAAACGAGUGCCAGUUACCGGGUGUGUGUCCUAACGGGAACUGUAUCAACACACCCGGGAGCUACAGGUGUUUAUGUCAACCAGGAUUCAUCCCUGAUUCCACACUCACCAGCUGCUACCCCGACGCCCCGCCCCCAGUGCGUGAGGAGGAGAGGGGGGCGUGUUUCCGUGUCUUUGGUGGUGGGCGUCAGUGUUUACACCCUGUCUCCACCGAGCUGAGCAAACAGCUGUGCUGCUGCAGUGUGGGGAAGGCGUGGGGGGGCAAGUGUGAGCGCUGUCCACUGCCUGGAACAGCUGCGUUUAAGGAGAUCUGUCCUGGAGGUUUGGGUUAUCACGUGACCAACCCGUACGUCUAUAAACCCAAACCUCCUCCUGCUCCUCCUGUGAACCCGGAGGUUUACGAGCGAGGAGACGGUCAGCGUCUGGUUCUCAUUCCCCCCAAACCCACCACGGCCAUCGCCCCUCUGCCCGUCACCACGGCCCAGAAACCCAUCGAGGCGUUCGGCUUCACCGAGAGACACCUGCCAGUGGUGUUGGUAGAGAAACCCUCACCUGCUGCACCUGUCGUCCUUCUGCCGUCCAGCGCAAGUCAGGAUAUUAACCCUACUCAGUUUGCAGAAGUGAACGAGUGUGUGAUUAGCCCUGAUAUCUGCGGUCAGGGUUUCUGCUAUGACACGGCCGAGAGCUACUACUGCAUCUGUGAUGACGGCUACAAGCUGAACGAUGAGGUGAACACGUGUGUAGAUGUUGACGAGUGUGUGGACGAUCCUCAUCUGUGCAUUAAUGGUCGCUGUAAGAACACGCCUGGCAGUUUCACCUGUGUGUGUAAGCUGGGCUUUAGUCUGGACGAAGAGGGAACCAGCUGCAUCGAUAUAAAUGAGUGUGAAGCUCCGUUCGUGUGUCCUGAGAACAGUGUGUGUGUGAACACAGUCGGCUCAUAUACGUGUCAUCAGUGCAGCAAAGGAUACACACUGGGUCAGAGCAGACAGUGUGAAGAUGUAGACGAGUGUCAGAAUGGGAGUGUGUGUCCGUCUGGUCUGUGUUAUAACACACUUGGCUCGUACAUAUGCAGCCCGUGUCCUGAAGGCUUCCAGGGCAAAGACGGCAACUGUGUGGAUAUUGAUGAGUGUGUGGACGGAUCUGUGUGUGCUCAUGGUCAGUGUUCCAAUCGUGAAGGUUUCUUUAUCUGCACCUGUGAUGAUGGCUUCACUCCCACUCCUGACCGCAAAGCCUGUACAGACAUUGAUGAGUGCCAGGAUGAGAGUGUGUGUACGAGAGGUCACUGUGAGAACACAGAGGGAGCGUUCAUCUGUCACUGUGAGAGCGGAUUCACUCUCUCCCAGUCAGGAGAGCAGUGUGAUGAUGUGGACGAGUGUCAGGAGAUGACCGGGCUGUGUGAUGGUGUUGGUCAGUGUGUUAAUAACAUUGGAUCGUACCACUGUAACUGCCCCCUGGGGUACAGGCAGGUCAACGGCACUCGCUGUCAAGAUGUAGAUGAGUGUGAAGAGGAGACUCUGAAGCUGCACAGUGUGGAUUGUGUAAACACAGAGGGCUCAUUUUACUUCAUCUGUGAGCCCGGAUACGCCUGGACACAGGAUCCACCCGCAUGUGAGGAUGUGGAUGAGUGUGCUCUGAACAGGAGUGUGUGUCGACAUGGUGUGUGUCAGAACACAGUGGGAUCGUUUAUCUGUCAGUGUGAUCUGGGAUAUGAGGAUAAACACAACGGCCAGGGCUGUGAGGACAUGAACGAGUGUGAGCUCCUGAGCGACGUGUGCGGCGAGGCAGUGUGUGAGAACGUUCCAGGAUCCUUCGUGUGUGUGUGUCCUGAAGAAGGCUUCGAGUUCAACCAGAUGACCGCAAAGUGUUUACCUGCACCUAAAGCCUCGUCCACAGAGAGGAGAGUGUGUUACUACAACCUGAGUGAUGAGAAUCUGUGUGAUAACGUCCUGGCCAGCAGUGUGACCAUCGAGGAGUGUUGCUGUACGCUGGGGGCAGGAUGGGGCGACAACUGUGAGGUCUUCCCCUGCCCCAUGCAGGGCUCGGAUCCGUUCGCUCAGAUGUGUCCAGGUGGACGAGGCAGAAUUCCAACCGGAGACAACACCUCACCUGCUACCUACAAAGAUGCUGAUGAGUGUGAACUCUUUAAGGAUGAGAUCUGUAAGGACGGAUUCUGUCAGAACACACCAGGAGAAUUCGAGUGUUACUGUAAAGCUGGACUGUACUACGACGAGAACAUUCUGCAGUGUGUAGACACAGACGAGUGUUUAGACGAGUUGAACUGUGUGGACGGUCAGUGUUUGAAUAAUCACGGCUCCUAUCAGUGUUUCUGUACGGCUCCUCUGGUGCUCGAUGAGACUAAUAAGCGCUGUGUUUUCCCCGAGGCAGAAGAGCCCAGUGAGCAGCAGGGUGUGUAUCAGGAGAUCUGUUGGCAGAGUGUUUCUCCUACACUCACCUGCACCAACGUAUUGAGUAACCGAGUGACCACUUACACCGAGUGCUGCUGUCUGUAUGGAGAGGCCUGGGGCAUGCAGUGUGCGCUGUGUCCUCCUAAACACUCUGAGGACUACGCCAUCAUGUGUAAUAUCCGAGGCUCGGGAUCGGUCAGACAGCCGUACGGUCAAGACGCUCUGGUCGCUGGACCUGUUCAGGAGUACGAGGUGGGACCGGAGUACGACUCCAGAACUUUAAACCCAAACCCGACCUUCUAUGAAGACUACGAUGAGUCUAACAUGGGGAGAUACGAGGCGUUUGAGGGACUGCGAGCGGAGGAGUGUGGAGUGUUAAAUGGCUGUGAGAAUGGACGCUGUGUCAGAGUGCAGAAGGGAUACACAUGUGACUGCUUCGAUGGAUACACACUCGACAUGUCCAGAAUGGCCUGCGUCGAUGUAAACGAAUGCAGCGAGCUGAACAAGCGCAUGUCUCUGUGCAAGAACGGGAAAUGCAUCAACACACAGGGCUCGUAUAAAUGCCAGUGUCUGCCGGGAUACACGGCGUCCGAGAGACCCAACUACUGCGUUCCCAUCAUGCCGAGCUCUGGCACCGGCACCGAGUGACCACCAGGGGGUGCCACCGUCUCUCUUACACACACACACACACACACACACACUCUUAUUUAAUCAAAGCCCAUAUAAUCUGCACUGUAUUAUAACACACACACACACACACACACAGGAAAUAAACGAGAACAGAAUUCUACUUGAGAUGAAGAUGAAAGUUGAAUCUUUUCGAGAGAAACUGUAUAAAACUGUCUUUACUGUCUUUGUUUUUUUCAGUUAUUACAGUAGAAGGAAUUUUUCCUGUUUUUUUUAUUUUGUUUUAUUUUAAAGAGACAAACCCUAUGAACUGAACCCUGGGGGAUUAGUCAGCCUGUUCUUUUCCUCUCCUCUCCCUCCAUCCCUCUUUUACCCACAAUUCCUUUGCUUUGCUCCUCGUGUCUUGGGUUCAUCUGGAAUACACUAAAUGCUAGAGUACCACGUUACCUUCACAUGGUAUCGCCACACGGUAUCUCCGCAUCAUAUCUCCACACGGUAUCUCCACACUGUAUCUACACAGGGUAUCCCCACACCAUAUCUCCACAUGGUAUCUCCACACCGUAUCUCUAAACAGUAUGUCCAUAUAGUAUCUCCACACUGUAUCUCCACAUGGAAUCUCCACACAGUAUCGCCAUGUUGUAUCUGCACACCAUAUAUCCACACCAUAUCUCCAUACGGUAUCUCCACAUGGUAUCUCCACACCAUAUCUCCACACUGUAUCAGUUCUGGGAUCUUUUCACAUCCUUCUCAUCUCCUGAGAUUAAACAUGUCUGAAGUCCAUCCUAAAUAUUUUUCACUGUUUUAUUAUGUUGCAGGAAUUUUUCCUUUGCCCCAAAAAUCUGCAGAUUUAAAUUAUAAAAACAUUUGGAAGUGUUCUUCAGUUGUCCCUCAUGGAGAACCCUUAAAGGUUCACUGUAGAAUAUCUUCCAUGUAAAGUAAAAUCCGUUACUUGCUUUAACCAGAUAGAACCAUUUCAGAACCCUUACUUAUAGUAAACAACCCCUGAGGAAUGUAGAACCCUACAACUGAGUGUUUCUCAGACAGGGUUCCACAUAGAACCAUGUGUUUGAAGAUGAGGUCAUUAAUCAUUGACUGAAAGCUUCAAAAGCUUUUAAAAGAGUCCCUGGAUAAUUAAAGGUUCUACAUGGAGCCCUUUCUGAUAAACUCAGUGCUGUUGGGUUCUAUGGCCUUUAACACUUCUUUGUCAAGGGUUCUUAUCUUUAAUAAUUAAAGGUUCUGCUUGGAAUCUUUUAAGGUUCUAAUGGAUCAGUCAAUAAUUAAGAUAAUUAGCCUCCUUAAAGGGUUCUCCAACACUCUGUAGCAGGGUUCUGGUUCCUCAUGAGUACUUUGUAAUAAGUUCUUAUUGUUCUAGGCUGAAGUUAUAAAGCGUACUUUAUUAGUUGUUAGGUUUUAGAAUGAGUUCUGCGUGGAACUUUUUCAGAUAAACACUCAGCUGUACAGUUCUUCAAAACUUCUUAAAGGUUCCUCCAGAGGAAUAACUGAAGAACCCUUUUUCGUGGCUCUAGACUUUCUCAGCUUCCUCUUGAAAAGUUUUGAAGCAGCUACAGAAAACAAACAUCGCAAUUAUAUUUGAAAUAAGUUUGUAGCUACGACGUAACGGUCCGCUAUUAAAGUCUUCAUGCUAACAGCCUGCCAGUUAACAACUAGUGUAAAGAAAAGCACAUGAGGCGCCAAUGCAGUGCAUUGUGGGUAAUUCAUGUGGUUACAGUCAAAUUAAGAUUAAGAAGAAAGAUGUUAGAUCUCAAGCUUUUGAUGUUUUUUAAGGAAAGGAAACUGCUGAUGAACUCCUCUCACACACAGUGCCUUGUUUUUAGAAUUUUACCAAAGUGACAAUUUUAAUUUUAACUCUACAUUUUUUCUAUAAAUAAUAAAAAAUAAUCUUCUCUGUGUCUGGGACAUUGAACAGCAAUAAUUUUUUUAAAUUCCUGUUUCUGCGAUGUUCCAUAUUUAUCCUGUUUAACCUGUUUUUUUCAGAGCGGGAAUCUGAUCUGGAAACUGAUCAAACCGCCCUGUUUCUUUUUCUAGAUCAGCUGUUUAACCUCACGUUCACGUUAGACGGGGCAAAUAGCGCUAGCGUUAGCUACUCUGGACAUGUACCUUUCCAGCAGAUAGCUAGCUAAUGAGAUUAAUUUGAGCUAGCUGGCUAGCGGGACACCGAGAGAGGCACAUCACUGAGACGUUAAAGAGCUAGCUAGCUAACCGAGAUCGACGUUAACAAGGAAACACAGCAGAAUGGGGCUAACAUGAUGUUUAGCAGCUAGUAUGCUAUGCUGCAGCUAGCUAAUGGAUGAAAAUCUGUUAGCGUACUGUGUCCUUCUGUGUUGAAAGUUUUCAUGUAGUGAACAUUUUCAUGAAGCUAAAACAUCCUGAACGUUAAAAUCGUACAAUCUUUAGCUUUUUUUCACAAGCUUUAGCUCGCUACGUACGAAAAACAUUAGCAUUAAUCCCGCCCACUCUUACACUCAGCAAAUGAUUUGUUUGUAACCUGAUCAGUGUGUUUAAAUAAGUUGUGUAAAAAUUUUCUGGAAAUGCUUCCUGUUAGCUACCAAAAGUAACUAGCUUUAGCAACCUAAUAAAUGGGGAAAUUAGCUACUACAGUAAAAUACUGAUAGCUAAAGUAGUAAUAAAAUAGCUAGCGAUGGUAACAUUUAGCUAUCUGGUGUAGUCUGGUUUAUUAGUAAAUUAGCUAAAUAAUAAUAAUAUAAUUACUGUAACUCUGUAACCUAGUAGUAGUGAAUUAGUUAGCGAUAUUAGGUACAUUUAAUAAAUUAGCUAGUAGAGUGAUUUAGGAACCUAGAGCUAGUUAAUUAGCAGGUAGACAAACAUGAACCUCUUGUGGUUUAAUUUUAAUUAGCUAGCUGUUGUAACUUUGUGUAUAAGUAAUUUUGUUAACUGUAGUAUUCUAAUGAAUGAGCUAACUAUGCUAAUUACCUAUAGUACUAUAUUACUAUAGUAAUUAACUAUAGUAUCGUAAUCAAUUAAAAAAAACUUAGUACAGUAAUAUAUUAGCUGAGUACUAGUAAAUUAGCGAGAGUAUUCUAAUAAGCUAGCAUAGUAAUUGAGUACUAGUAAAUUAGUGAGCUAAAGUAUUCUAAUUAGCUAGCAUAGUAACUGAGUACUAGGAAAUUAGGUCGCAUAGUAAUUAAGUUAAUACAGAAAUAAUAACCUGUGUGUCGCUAGUUAAGGUCUUUGUAAAGCUAGAACUAAAGAUAAAACUGUUUUGACGCAUCCUACAGCUAAACUGUUAGCAUUCUUGUGCCAUAGCGGAUGAACCCUUGUUAGCGUGAACAUGGGGUUACUCAGGGAACUGAGGUAAAUAUGGAAUGUAGCUUUUAGCCUUUAGCUUUUUUACUCGAUCGGCUCUUGAUGUGAAAAAAUGAAGUGCCUUAAGACGUUUCUUUUUAUAUAUAUAUAUAAAAAUUUUUUUUUUUUUUUUUUCUUGAACCCAGAUGAUUUUAUUCGGAGUAAAGUCUUGCCAGGUCGCAACGCUGCUAUGGAACAGCCGUGGGAUUUUGUUUUGUUUUUCUUUUUUGUACACAGAAGAGUUUUGAUAAACAGUUUGAUGUGUUUGUAAUUUGUACAUGAAUAAAUUUAUAGCUCUUGUACGUUUCUCUAUAUUCAAAUGUAUAUGAAUAAAUCUUACCCAGUCGCCAUGGCGAUUUCUCCA